UCGAGUAACGCGACAAAGAAAAACCCUUUUGACAGCCGCCGUCAUUGAUGAAAAAGAAGAGUGAAUAAAAACGCAAAGAAAAGUGAAAAAUUUUCAUUCAGAGCAACAUUUUGUGAUAGAAUUUGUUAUUUUAGUCAAUUUAUUUUAUUAAAAUUAAAACGCAUUUUUGUGUUAACGUGUGGUAUAGUGUGUCGGGCUUAAUAAAACAACGCUUUAAACGUGCUAAACGAACGUUCAGUGUAAAAGCGCUAUAGUUCGGUGAUUACAUGAGGCGUUUGCGAAAACCGUCUGCAAAAGGCAAAAGUGGCGACGAAACAACAGCAGCAACAACAAACCUUGAAGUGGUUAAAGCGUCAGUAGCAGGCUCAAUAGAAAUUGGUGGUCAUACAAGUAGUGCCAGCACAGAAACGCAUGCCGGUGCCAAUAUCAACUUGGAACAUAACUCGCCAACAAAAUCGUCUAAAGCUGGUGGUGGCACAGUGGUGACACCAGCUAAACUACGCUCUAGGCGCAACAUAAUGGACACAAAUGGCGGCAGCAGUAGCAGCUUGACACCAUCAACAGCUACGGCCAGUCUCGGCAAAGAGGUUUUCAAACAUUUUGAAAAAUCUGGAAAAAGUGAAUUUUUGAAAUACUUAAAGCAACAUGUACGUGACAACGACAGUCCAUAUAUGGGAAAACAAAAUGACUUUAAAUUCGGUGUCUCCAGUGCCAUCUAUGAUUUGCUGUGGCAGGGUGUUCGUUGUAAUUUGAAAAAGGAUACGGUUCUGAAUACACUGGGUGAAGUGGUGACUCUUCAUGAUGAUUUUCCCUCCUUAAUACUGGAUGUGAUUAACGUUUUGGAUGCAGAGACUUCACUUAUGACGGAUGGCAUACAAGAAGAACGCUUAAUGUUUUGUCAAAUUCUCAAGGAACUGGAUAAGGUUAUACCCGACAAAUUGAUCAAGGAGAGAUUGGAAAUAGAUACACUGCAGGAAGUGGGCAUAGUUAAGAAUAAAGUAUUCUAUACUAAAUUCAUUAAAAUUAAAACAAAAUUAUACUACAAGCAACGGCGUUUUAAUUUAUUCCGUGAAGAAAGUGAGGGUUAUGCCAAACUUAUUACCGAAUUAAAUCAAGAAUUCGAAGAUGAUGUUACCUCCGAUAGCAUAAUGGAUAUAAUUAAAUCUUUAAUUGGUUGCUUCAAUUUGGAUCCCAAUCGUGUUUUGGAUAUUAUUUUAGAAUCUUUUGAAUCCCGUCCCGAACGCUGGCAAUUGUUUAUACCCUUGUUAAGGGCUUAUAUGCCUAAUGGCUCGAUUAUUUGCGAAGUUUUGGGUUAUAAAUUUCGUUAUUUUGCUGAUUCUAAAACUCCUCGUACUUUAUUUCAUGUUUGUUCUUUGUUGCUCAAAUAUGGUGUUAUCGAUCUUAAUGAUAUUUAUGUUUGGCUAACACCCACUGACAAGAUUAUUACUGGCGAUUGGGAACAAGAUUUGGCCGAUGCUAAAGAAUUUGUGCGUAAAUUGAAUAUUAUUAUUACCAACAAGGAUAAAGAACCUGCGGAACCAGAACCAGAAAAGGAAUAUAGUUUGGAAAAAUACUUUGCCAACCAAAAGUUUGGCUUAUGUGAGGGACUCCUCAAAGUUGGCGAUUGGGAUAAUGCUCUUAAAAUCAUAAAAAAAUUACCCGAACAAUCGGUGGUGGUUCAUGAACCCAUUGCAAGAGCGCUAGCUGAGCUCAUUCACAUCGGCAUUGAUCAUGUAUAUCGCAAGCAAUGCUUUAAAAUAUCACCAGCUGCUAAAUUGCAAAAACGGCGACUAGCCGAUGACUCAAAACUAGUGCAAAAGAUACAAGCGAAAGAAUUUAAUGAACUACGAAAUUAUGUUGUACCCAUGGUCGUAGCCUUAGGACCCUCAUUGCAUUUUGAUACGGUACUAAUGUAUAAAUUGAUACGUAUAAUGCGUACAAUUAUCACAGAAAUGGGUGUAGAUAAUCAGAAUCUGCCAUCGGUUAAUAGUGAAGCUGAAACUUUAUACAAUGAGGUAAUGACCAUAAUGGAUUCUGCCAUACUGCCAGCAUUAUCAUAUUUGGACUGUAAUUGUCCCAUGGCUGAGGAAAUAUGGACGGUGUUGAAACAUUUUCCCUAUCAUUAUCGUUAUGCUUUAUAUGGCCGCUGGAAAAAUGAUACUUAUCAAUUGCAUCCCCAACUUAUAAGGCGUCGCGGCAAUGCUCAAAAAAAUAUUAAGGCCAUUAUGAAACGUGUGAGCAAGGAGAAUGUUAAACCUUUGGGUAGACUUAUUGGUAAAUUAAGUCAUUGUGCUCCUGGUUUUCUAUUUGAUUAUAUUUUAUUACAAAUCCAAAUCUAUGAUAAUUUGAUUGGUCCCGUGGUAGACUCUUUGAAAUAUUUGACACUUUUGUCUUUCGAUUGUUUGGGUUAUUGUUUGAUUGAGGCUUUAACCAUGGCCGAUAGAGAUCGUUUCAAACAUGAUGGCACCUCCAUAUCACUGUGGCUGCAAAGUUUAGCCUCAUUCUGUGGUGCCAUUUUCAAAAAGUACAACAUUGAAUUGAGUGGCCUGCUGCAGUAUGUGGCCAAUCAAUUGAAGUCGCAAAAAAGUUUGGAUUUAUUAAUUUUAAAAGAAAUUGUACAAAAAAUGGCUGGUGUUGAAUCGGCCGAGGAAAUGACCAACGAACAGUUAAAUGCCAUGUGUGGUGGCGAAUUACUUAGAGGAGAGGCUGGUUACUUUAGUCAAGUUCGUAAUACGAAAAAAUCAUCACAGCGUCUAAAAGAUGCAUUAGCUAACAACGAUCUCGCUGUAACCAUAUGCCUGUUAAUGGCCCAACAAAAACAUUGUGUCAUCUAUAGAGAGACAGCACAAAGUCAUUUGAAACUAGUGGGUAAACUAUACGAUCAAUGUCAAGAUACUUUAGUGCAGUUUGGUACAUUCCUGGGAUCAACAUAUUCGGUGGAUGAGUAUGUGGAAAGAUUACCCUCAAUAAUAGCCAUGUUGCAAGAGUAUCAUAUAAAUGCCGAUGUGGCUUUCUUUUUGGCCAGGCCCAUGUUUACUCAUCAGAUAAAUCAAAAAUACGAUCAAUUACGCAAAGCCGAUCCAAAUGCCAAGAAACUGACCAACAAUCAAAAGUUAUCAAAAUAUCUGGAUGCCACCAAUUUGAUUAUGAAUCCCAUUGUGGAAUCAGUACGUCCCCUGCAUGGCCCCAAAGUAUGGGAGGAUAUUUCACCACAAUUCUUUGUAACAUUUUGGUCUUUAAGCAUGUAUGAUUUGCAAGUACCCCAUGAUAGUUAUCAAAAGGAAAUUACAAAACUUAAACAAUUAUCAAAUCAAGCAGCAGACUCUAAGGAUUCUAACGCGUCCAAAAACAAAAAGGAACAAGAACGUUACAUUGCCCUUAUGGAUAAGCUGCAGGAUGAACGCAAAAAGCAGCAAGAGCAUAUUGACAAAAUCUUACAACGUCUGCAGCAGCAAAAGGAUAAUUGGUUUUUAUCUCGUUCAGCCAAAUCGGCUAAAAAUGAGACUAUAACACAGUUUUUACAAUUGUGUCUAUUUCCAAGAUGUACUUUCACUGCCCUGGAUGCCUUGUAUUGUGCUAAAUUUGUUCAUACUAUACAUAAUUUAAAGGCUGCAAAUUUCUCCACGUUAUUGUGUUACGAUCGGAUCUUUUGUGACAUCACCUACUCCGUAACGUCCUGCACUGAGAAUGAAGCAACACGUUAUGGUCGCUUUUUGUGUGCCAUGCUGGAAACUGUUAUGCGUUGGCAUUCAGAUCAGGCCACCUUCAACAAAGAGUGUGCCAAUUAUCCCGGUUUCGUGACAAAGUUCCGUGUUAGUAAUCAAUUUUCGGAAGCCAACGAUCAUGUGGGUUAUGAAAAUUACCGACACGUAUGUCAUAAAUGGCACUACAAGAUCACCAAGGCCAUAGUAUUUUGUUUAGACUCCAAGGAAUACAUGCAAAUACGUAAUGCUCUCAUCAUUUUGAUGCGUAUUUUACCCUACUAUCCCGUAUUGGCAAAAUUGGCUCAAAUUAUCGAGCGUAAGGUGGAAAAGGUGCGCGAAGAAGAGAAAAAUAAAAGACCAGAUUUAUUUGUAAUUGCCUCGUCCUACAUUGGCCAAUUGAAGACGAAAGCAGCUCAAAUGAUUAAGGAAAGUGAUUUUCAUCAGGUAACCGAAAGACCUCAGAGGUCAGAAUCAGGUGUAGGCGUAACAUUGGGCUCAGGAGCAAGCACCGCAGCCACAAUUGUGCAAAAUAUAUUAAGUAGUUCACAGGCUACAGGUUCAAUUAGCUUGGUGGCGGUACAACCCCCCACUACACAACAGCCAACUGUGGAUAUAAAACCGCCCAGUAAUGGAGAAAUAAAAAUAGAAAAACGUGAAAAGGAACGCUUAGAACGUCCCACAAAAAUUAUCAAACUAAAUUCAUCUUCGUCAUUGACCUCUGAACGUGGCGGUGAACGGGAAUCUUCUAGUUCAAAUCGUCUGACUCUAAUUGAAAUUAAAGAUGAACCUUCGACGUCAAAUUCGACUUCAGUUUCGCACGAACGUGAUUUGGAUCGACAUGGCAGUAGUACGCGCUCCUUGAAGGACAUCAUCAAGAAGGAUGAACGUUUACGUGAACGGGACAGGGAUCGUGAGCAACGUGAUCGCGAACGGGAACAUCGUAAUCAACUGUUGGAGGAUUUGGAAGCGUCAGCAUCGCGUUCGAAAAGAGAAAAACGCCGUGAGGAUCGCUAUCGCAAUGAAUCGCCAUCAAUGGAGACCUUAGAGAAUGUGAGCAGUAAAAAUGAUUAUGAUCGUGGUGAACGUGAGACAAGAGAUCGUGAUUAUGAGCGCAACGAACGUAGAGAUCGAGAUCGUGACCGUGACUUGAGUUCGGUCUCGAAUGAAAGUAUUGGCUCGUUACAGCCACAGCGACGUAGUCAAGAUGCUUUAGAAUAUGAAAAAGACUCCAAACGUCGCAAAAUGGAAUCCUCAUCAUCCAAUUCAAAGAAACAACUUAUAGAUGAUCAUAAUGAGCCGUCGAAAAAAGAACGUAGUGUCAAGAAUAAAGAGCGCAAAGAAAAGUUAACCGAUGAGGAAAAAGAUGCCCGAAAGGAAAGAAAAUUGGGACGCAAACGUGAACGUUUGGAAGAGACCUCAUCAACAGAGCAUAAACGUCGUAGAGAUGUACAAAAUGGUGAUGAUGAUCAGCAGCAACAACGUGAACGUGAUAAAUAUCAUACCAGAGAAAAAUCACCGCAUAUAAGAGAUAUACGUGAGAGAUCCCAUGAGAAAUUUGAACGUGAUCGUAGCAAUCGUGAUGAUCGUUCUUAUAGCAGCAGUAGUACAACCAAUAAAUCCACUAGAUCCCGCAUUGGUUAUUAAAUACAUAAAACACACACACACAAAACAAAGCAUAAUUUUAGCAUUUUUUUCAAUAGUUUUUGUUGUAACAAAACCAUAAUCCUCCGAUCAUUUUAUCAUUACACUUAUUUUUUUUUUCAAAUAUUUUUCUGCUUAAUAAUAACUACUUUUAAGUGAAUUAAUUUCAUUGAAUCAAUUUUAUUUUUGUAUUGCAUAUGAAAUAAUUAUCAAUAAUAAUAAUAUUUUUGUCUGAUUCAUUAAAUAAAAAAUCAUUUGAAAUGUUCAUUAGAAACACACAAAAUACAAACAAAAUAGUAGUGAUCAUUACAAUAUUAAACUUAAGUCUCUCUGUCCUUUAGUAGACUUUUACUCUGUGGUAAAAUUAUAAGUAUAUAAAUAUGUUUAAUAUUAAAUUAAGUCUAUUGUUUCAAACUGAUUAACACUUUUCUGGGGCACUAAAUGUUUAGGACAAACCCAAAAUUUUCUAUAACAAAAUGUUGAGUAUACACAUUAAAAUAAAACAGACUAUAAAUUUAUUUUAUUUUUUUCGUUUAAACUAACAUAGUAAAUAAUAAAAAAAAGACUUAAAUUAAACAAAAA